UUACUUGUUGGACGAGCGAGGUUGCGUCGUUGUUGAGAGCGGCUGUUUUGUAAUAAUAUUUGAUCGCAAGUUUUGUCUAAGUUACUUUGUAAAUUAUUGUUGUGAUUGAAACACAGUCACAUUUGAUUUUUAAAAGUUAUGUUGGAGAAACGGCUUUUUGAGGCCAAAAUCCCGAAUUAAAAUUGUGGUUUUGGUUUUGGGGCGACGUUUUAUCGUGAGCUGAGAUAGUUGACUGCAGAAUUGCUUCAAGUUAAUUUGACAGUACCCGUACCGUUAGAAUGAAGAGACCCAUGCAAGCGGCGUUGGUAUGCUUCACUGUCACGAUGUCUCAGCUGGCAUGCACCAUGCGCCCGGCCCUUGAUCAACCCAACAUUAUCAUCUUUUUGGCAGAUGACUUUGGAUACGGAGACCUGUCUUCCUAUGGUCACCCCACACAGGAGUUUGGUCCCAUUGAUCAGAUGGGCAGGGAAGGGAUGCGCUUUACUCGGUGGUAUGCCCCAUCCCUGUUCUGUUCACCAAGUCGAGGUGCUAUGCUGACAGGCAGGUACCCAGUGCGUAUAGGUCUGUAUGGCGAGCGCCAGCUACCUUUUCCUGUCUUCGCUCAGAACUCGUCCGCUGGAUUACCCAAAGAGGAGAUAACCACUGCUGAGGCACUGAAGAGUCUAGGCUAUGCAACGGGGAUGGUCGGAAAAUGGCAUCUGGGCAUCAAUGAGUUUAAUGCCAGUGACGGAAGUCACUUACCCAAGCACCAUGGUUUUGACUUUGUGGGCACUAAUCUGCCCCUGUCCAAUGUCUGGCGAUGUGAUCUAACUAAGACAAUGAUUCCGUCCCCGGACAGAACCUCCUGUUAUUUGUACUACGGCGACACCAUACUCCAGCAGCCAUUCAGCCACCAUAACCUGACCUCAGCUUUACUCCUUGAGGCCAAGGCCUUCGUCUAUGACCACCAGCAUGAGCCGUUCUUCUUCUACUUUUCCUUCCCCCACACACACUCCAACAUGUUCAGCUCGGAGGCUUUCAAAAACUCAUCAAGGCGAGGUGUUUAUGGAGACAGCGUGAAUGAGAUGAGCUGGGCUGUGGGCGAGAUGCUUCAACUGCUGAGAGAUCUGAAACUGGAGAGAAACACCCUGGCCGUUUUCCUGUCUGAUCACGGGCCAGAGCGCGAAAUGUGUAAAGAAGGGGGUGUGUCAAGCCCCCUGAAAGGAUGGAAAGGAAUGACAUGGGAGGGCGGUGUGCGGGUACCAGCUAUCGCCUGGUGGCCGGGCACCGUACCUGCUGACAUCACCAACCACCAAGUCAUCAGCUCCAUGGAUCUCUUCAGCCUCGCUAUAGACCUAGCCGGAGGGACCCCACCCACAGAUCGUAUCAUUGAUGGGCGGAGCAUCAAGGAGGUAAUACUACACGGAGGACGAUCGCCCGACCGUGCAUUGUUUCACUACUGUGGCAAGCGCAUCAUGGCAGUGCAGCACGGCAAAUACAAAGUGCAUUACUACACGCAGGAGAUCCGAACGGACGAAUCGCUGCGGGCGUUUUGCGGCCCGACGGGUAUCCCCGACGUCAGGGGGGACUACUACUGCGGAGACUGCCACAGUUCUCCCUGCGUGACAACCCACAAUCCCCCUCUCCUAUACGACUUAAACGAAGAUCCCGAGGAAGCUUACCCGUUGCCGGCGCAGGAGCACGCGGAGGUCUUGCGAGAAGUGGCGCGUUUGGUCUCGGAGCACGAGGCUGGGAUGGUGCAUGGGACGCCACUCUUCAAUGACGAGUUUUUUGGCUCGUCACUUAUACCUUGCUGUAACCCACCAUAUUGUGCGUGUUAAUGGUACGAGUAGAAAGGCUCGUACUACAUGUUCCACUAUCUUCAAGCAAACCGGAACCCUCGAUCCUGAUUGGUCGAUCCGUGGCAACAACAAUCUUGUAUUAUCUUGUAUACCACGGUCCACACCACUCUCCGCGUAUCACCCAAUUCUAAGAUGCACGCGCUAUUCCUACUGCACUCAAAUGUACUAGGAUAACUAUUAAAAAAUUUGUGUAAAGCGUGCGUGUUCCAUCUUUACUGUGCGUCGAGUUUGCUCGAAGAUAAAUUCUAAAAAUGUGUAAUUUUCAACAAAUGCAGGACUGUAUUUAAGGAAUCACUGGGGAAAACAGUACAUAUUUAAAUAAUUAUGCACAUUUUGAAAGCUAAUUUAUACAAAUUUUAAUUAUCUACGGAAACCUUUAACACAGCAUAAACUCAGAAUCCUCGGCAUUGGACAUGCAACUCAGCCACACAUAUUGCCAACUGUGACUUGUUUUCAGUGAGCACGUUUGAUUACUUUUCGCGCUUACCCAUACUUUCAUCGCAAUAAACGAACGAUCUGGGGUUACUUGAGGUCGAACCAUAGCAACCAGACCGGGUCAAGAGGUCAUGUGGCGAUUAAAUCCCCUUUGCAAAUGGAUUUGAACCGUCCAAAGGGAGCCAUGGUGGCCAUUAUACGUGCUCUUCCAAAGUGAACAAGAAAUGCUGGCUAUGUUUCAAAUUAACUUAACUUUCCUCCCGUCGUGAAGUGAAGUGUGAAGUGAACCUGAGCCAUAGUGUUAUACUCGGACGCCAUGUUUUCGCACUGUACUGUGGGAUACUUACCAAAGUAACUGGCUCAGCGGGUCGGUUUAAUACUUGGGCCAGGCUCGAGUAAGUGUGAGAAGUCAAUUGAUAGUUAAAGAUAUAGUCCAUCAUAUUUGUAAUUUGUGCAUUUUGUUCGUU